AUGCACACUCUUGUCCUCCUUACCACUGCACUCGCGACGCUCACCUGGGCUAGAGACCCAGUUGAAUUGAAGCCAUUCGACUUCGACCCAGACUAUGAGCUCGACAAUAGUGACUGUAAAGCUUCGGAGGACCUGAAGUCUUACUGUCCAAAGGAUUCAACAUUUUGCGUCAGCAAUGCCCACUACGGUGUGCUCUGUGAAGAUGACGAAGGGAACUACUAUGAACCUCCCAACGAUGGACCUGAUUAUCAUGCAUGCGACUUGGAAGAAGCUGAAGGAAAAAAAAAUAUCGUAAGCUUCACAUCUGUUCUCACAGACCUCCCAAAGCACAUGGCCUCGCACUGA